AUGAGAUUCGUUCCUUAUUUAUACGAGAUUGAGAGAUUAUGGCUUUCACUUGUCAAUUAUCUUUCUCCACGCAAAAACAAAAACCGUCGCUGUGGUGAAAUAGAUAAAAUCAGAAUGGUGAAAAAAGGAGGUACGAAGAGGAAGAUUGCGAUUGAGACGAUACAGAAGAGCGAUUACCUUAGGGUUACUUGCACCAAACGUCGUGAAGGUCUCUUUAGCAAAGCUUCUCAGCUUUGUCUUCUCUCCGAUGCACAGAUCGCUAUCUUAGCGACUCCUCCUACUUCUGAAUCCAACAUCUCCUUCUACUCUUUCGGUCACUCCUCCGUUGAUGCCGUUGUCUCUUCUUUCCUCUCCGGGCAACGUUGUGUUCCUCUUCAGGAGGAUACCAAAGAGAUGAGAGAGGACGUUGCUAUUUGCUUGUCUCGUACAAAUCUAGGGUUAGGGUUUUGGUGGAACAACGAGAGCCUCAACAAAUCGGAGAAUCCUCAAGAGAUUAGUGACGCUAUCAACUCUAUGUUAACGCUCUUGAGUAAUCUCAAGGAAUUGAGUGGGGAGGAAGCUUUAGUUAACGAUCACAAGGACUUGAAGAAGAAUGAGAGGAGCGAUGUUGUUUUACAACACGGAACUCAAUAUGAAACCCUAAAUCCUAACUCCAACACUACUACAAUUUGUUGCGUCCCUGAUGAAUUACCUGCCAAUUCCAACGAGAUUGUUGGAAUCUCACCAAAUCCUUUGAUUAUGCUAGAAAAGAAGAAAUCACAAAUUGAAGAAAAGUUUGAGAAGGAAUGGCAAGUUUCAGUUACUCGAAUUGAAAAUGAAGCCACGAGUUCUUAUGCAAAACGAAGAAGAAGUAUAUGA